AUGAAUGCCUGGCUAGCCGACGGCUCGAAUCUUCCCAGCCAUGAUAAUGGUGCUUUUCAUCAGGCGACCAUUGAUCCUUCAACAGCAUUUCUCCAUGCAUCCCCCACUCCCGACCCUAACCAAUUCCAACGCAUGUUCAACGGCGUGCCGCGAAAUGCCUCUCCCGGCUUCCACAACCCUAAUCAGGUGAUUCCGUCCAAAAGGCCUCGGCCGGAGGAUGGCAUCUCCAUGUCUCCCAGACAGGCACCGGGCGGGAUUGCUGCGUCGCGAUCGCAAACACCUCACCAAGUCCCUUUCCCAGGAUACCAAGGACCGGCGAACGGGACUCCGCAGUUUGCUCCGCACCCGGCCCAGUAUCAACAUCUGCCGCAAGGAGCCACCCCAAAUGUCACCCAGUCUCCGAUUAUGCAGGACUUCGACCAACAUGGCGUGCAAAGGAUGGGAACGGCUUCUCCUAGCCCAUUUUCGCCCGCGGGUCCCCAUAUUGGCCAGCAGAUGUCGCCGUCGCAACCGGAUCACCCGAGCAGGGUGAACACGCCACAGAACAAUUCGUUCAUGCCCGGUCAGCCAUUUCCUCAGGGCAUGGGGCCGCAGUUUUCGCCGGCCGGCGCCAUGUCGUCCGCGGCGGUCCAAGCCCCAAUGCAAGCGCAUUUCGGUGGCAUGCCACAGGGAUACCAGCAGGCAAUGGCCGCUCAACAGCAACAGCAGCGAAUACAUGCUAUGCAAAUGCAAAAUCAAGGCCGGCCGAUGAACAUGAACCCAGCGAUGGCUGGGCGCCCUGUUGCCGCGGGGAUGAACGCAAUGGCAAACCCCCAACAGAUGGCGGCCAUCCGACAGAUGCAGCAAACCAUGUCAAAACCUCCCAAUCCUGAAGGGUUCAUGAGGUCCUUGCAGAAGUUCAUGAUGUCGCGGAAUAUGCCUCUUGACCUAAACCCGAUUGUAUGCGGUCGUCCAAUCCAUUUGGUACAGCUUUACGCCACUGUCAUGAAAUUAGGCGGGUCUAAGAAGAUAUCGGCCACGAACAUGUGGUCCGUUAUCGCCCAACAACUCCAGUUCCCACCGAUGCAAUUUCCAAUGGCCGUGCAAGAAAUUCGUGACCACUACCAGCGAAAUCUCGCUGCUUACGAGCAGGCGUUUCUCAAUACACAGCAGAAACAAUUCGCAGAUCAGAUGCAGCAGCAGACGUCACUACCUCGUCAGCCCACCGAUCAACCCGGGAUGCAAUUCCAGUCGCCCGCUGUCAAACCCCCACAGGCGUUUGAGACUCCGCAGCAGAUGGGCCACCCCUCUCCUAGUACCGCCUCGGUAUCCAGCAGUGUACAGAACAGCGCCUCAAACGGUUUCGCAACCCCGACGCCGGUCAAAGGUCCGAACAAACAACAGCCUCAACAUCGACUCAGCGUUCCCCGCCAGUCUCAACCGCCAGCCACGCCACAUGACCCUACCGGACAAGUACCGGCGCAGUCUCCUGCGCAAUCCGGGAAGGGCUCUGUACCCGUGCCGGGAAAACCCGGCGAACAAUUUGAGCAAUCUUCCAAUAUGCCUUUGAAGCAACCCAUCGAGGAUCCUUUCAAGCCUAUGGUCCUACCGGAAAACAAUCUGCAUGGACCGAUUGCCGUGGAUGAAAUGUAUCAGCUUGGGGAAGAUAUCUCAAGGCUAAAACCCAACGUUCCUUCGUUUGCGGAACUUGGUGUCAUUGAUAUCCAUGCACUCACAAUGAGUAUUAAAUCUGGAAUGCAUGCGGAGAUGCGCAUGGCACUAGAUACUCUGGCAUCUAUCUCUUGCGAACCGGCGAUUCAGAUUUCGUUGGACAACUGCGAUGACCUAGUCGAAAGCUUGAUCGAAUGUGCAGAAGAUCAGACCGAGUUUCUUGCUGAACAUGCUGCCGAGGUCUCAGAUAUGAUGCUGCUUCCCUCCUAUGAAGAGAUCACCCGAGGGUGCCAAUCAGAGUGGACAUCCCUGGCGGAUACUCCUGAAUUUGGAAGUCUUGAAUAUGAGCUAGAUCGAGCUGUGGAUAGACUCAUUUGCAUUACAACCAUUCUGCGCAACUUUUCAUUCACCGAGUCCAACUUUGGAAUUCUCUCAACACCUCCCGUUAUACAGUUUAUUUCUACCAUCAUCCGCUAUCUGGGAACCCGAAACAUGCUCCUGCGAACUCACCAAAAUACGUUGGACUUUAUGAAGGACACAGUGAUUUAUCUAAGUAACUUGGCCCAUACGGUUCAGUUACCGAGCAAGGAAGAGGCACUUUGCCUUCUACAUUUCCUCUUAUCCUUUGCGCCAUUUCCAGGUCCGACAUUGGGACCGGAGGGUGUCAUGUUCACGGCAUACAACCCAUCCAUUCACAAAUACACUCCCGCGGCAGUGGAUAGCUUAGCAAAGCUACUGGCCCGAGAUGAACCCAACCGAACGUUUUUCAGAACGAUAUUUGUUGGUGAUGGUGGAGGAAGCCCUCAGAUGGAGCUACUCACACGGUCAUUUGCGCUUGCCAUUUGUCCAGUUCCCGAUCAGCCUCGGAAGCCUCUUGCUAUAGCUGAUGCUCGCAAAGUAUUCCUCAUGCAAGGGCUAUUGGCUGCGGAUAUCCUCAGUGGGUUCGCUGACGGGACCAUUGCCAAAGCAUGGCUUGAAUCUAUCGAUGGGUUUGCUAUACAUCUGCUUCGACUGUCUUGCCUAUUAAGUACGGAACGUGUUCCUCCCACCCAGACCAAUACCCGCCAGUCCCAUGCCGCAAGGGGACAAGCCGAAGCCGAAGCUUCCGCCUAUGGCUCGAUUAUCAACCGGGGCUUAGGUAUUCUACGGCGACUGGCCGAGAAGUCAAUACAUGUUGAUACGAACUGUGCCCUGCGAUUUCCUUCCGGAAUCAUCCCCAAGAAAGAAAGCUUACUCGGGGCCCUGCUGAUGCCGAAUGUGGAUCCCGGCGUUGUUCGGCAGUUAAUAACAUAUGCGCGGUUGGCGGAGUGA